AUGGCUAGUGAUGAGAGUUUUGUGGUGUUGGUUCACCACAGAGGAUCGAUUAAGAGAAAGACACGUUCCGGUGUGAAGUUCACUGAUAAGGAUCCUCUCUGUAUUAUCGUGAGGCCUACGGUAAGGUACGAUGACCUUGUUAGCACUGUGCUGAUGAAACUGGGUCUGGAUGGUGUGAAAUGGGUUAAGAAGUUCUUCUAUCGCAUUUCGAUCAUGGUGCUCCAAGAUACCAUGAAGUAUGAUUAUUUCACGAUCGGGAGUGAUGAGGACUUACAGGUCAUGUUUCAAUGUCGCUGUCAGUUUCCGGAAGUGAAGACACCAGAGCUGUUGGCAAAGUUAGUUGAUGUGGUAUCGAGCUCGGGGGGUUCGAACCGGAAUACCACCACUUUAGCCACGGUAGCCGGUUCUAGCUCCAGACCUGCCGUUGUUUUUACCUCUGUCCCUGCAUAUGAGCCACUCGUCCAGCCUGUCGCCUUCCCUUCCUUCGCUGCUGAUCUCAACGGCAGUAUAGGCGAUGAGGUUGGAACAGGAGAAUUUCGGUUGACCUCUUUACAGUGUGCUGCACCGGGUGGUGUUGGAGAGCAAUUUUUGGAUGAUCCAGAGGAUGAUGAUGUCGAGCCGGAUAUGAUUGCUGAUGACAGUGGCGAUGAUAUCGGAGCGAGUGAUCCUGCUGGGGCGGGAGGUGGUUCUAGCUCUGGCACACAACAAUACCCUCCACAUUUUUCAUCCUUGGACUUGGAUGCCAUGAGGCAAGAGGGGGUUCCGGGGAAGCCUGCUGGGUUUGGCGCUAGGGAUGCGGAAGGGUCUCCAGGUCUGACAAAGUUCCAUGUUGGUAAGCAAUUUCAGGACAAAAAUGAGGCCCUGUUAAGUGUGAAGACUUACAGCAUCCGCCGAGGGGUACAGUACAAGGUAGUGGAGUCCGACUAUCGCCGAUAUGUGGGCAAGUGUUCUAAGUUCGGGAAUAAGUGCACAUGGUUGAUUCAGCUGAGUCUCCAGCAGCGCAAGGGCAUUUGGGAGGUCAAACGGUACAAUGGACCUCAUACGUGUCUGGCUACCUCAAUCUCCAGUGACCACAGGAGUUUGGAUUAUCAUGUGAUAUCGGCAUUCAUUAUGCCAAUGGUUAGGGCUGAUGCAUCCGUCAGCAUCAAAGUGCUCCUAAAUGCCACGGCUGCACACUUUGGGUUUAGGCCGACGUACAGGAGGGUUUGGCUGGCGAAGCAAAAGGCUGUUGCCCUCAUCUAUGGUGACUGGGAUGAGUUGUACAAUGAGCUCCCUAGGUGGGUGUUAGGAGUCCAGUUGACGAUGCCUGGUACUGUUGCAGUCCUUAGGACGAGCCCUGUUCGAGUUGGUGGACAGCUGGACGAGUCUCGAGCUUAUUUUCACAGACUGUUUUGGACGUUUCCACCGUGUAUCGAGGCAUUCCGUCAUUGCAAGCCGCUGGUUAGUAUUGACGGCACCCAUCUGUAUGGCAAGUAUGGGGGAACGUUGCUUGUGGCUAUUGCACAGGACGGGAACUCCAACAUACUCCUUGUUGCAUUCGCACUAGUAGAGGGUGAGAAUGCUGAGUCCUGGUCCUUCUUUCUCUCUCACCUGCGACAGCACGUGACACCGCAGCCGAGUCUGCUGGUUAUAUCAGACAGGCAUAACGGCAUCAAGGUCGCGCUUGAGACUCCUGACGGAGGCUGGUUACCUCCAGCUGCAUACCGGGCAUGCUGCAUUCGACAUGUAGCGGCAAAUUUCGCCCUAACCUUCAAGGGCAAAGACGCAAGGAGGCUUCUUGUCAACGCGGGGUAUGCAAAGACCGAGGUAGAGUUUGAUUACUGGUUUGAUAUUCUGCGGUCUGAAGACCCAGCAAUGUGUGACUGGGCGAACCGGAUUGAGUAUUCCUUGUGGACACAGCAUCGUGAUGAGGGGCAGAGAUUCGGACACAUGACGACGAAUAUCUCUGAGUGUGUGAACUCAAUCCUGAAGGGUGUCAGAAACCUCCCUGUGUGCUCGCUGGUGAAGGCAACAUACGGAAGGCUUGCCGAACUAUUUGUUCGCAAGGGGAGAGAGGCUGAGGCCCAGCUCGGAACCGGACAACAAUUUAGUCAGCACUGGUGA